AUGGACUCAUCCCCCUAUCCGAGAAGAAUAGAGAAGAGGAACAGACCUCCGUUGUCCUGCGAACCGUGUCGCACCCGGAAGUCAAAGUGCAACCGUGCUUUGCCUUGUGACAGCUGCACCAAGCGGAACCGGGCAUCAUCAUGCCACUACGCGGCGAACGUCAAACCCAGCGAACCCGGCGUCGUUAAGAAGACAAACCUUGCAGAACGACUGAGGAAUCUAGAGACUCUGGUCUCGUCAUUUGUGGCCCAGGACCUUGUUGUCCAACCGCGGAAGCAACCAGAAGGUGGCAGCGCCGUGAAUGCCCCAGCCGUCCCCGGGAUUCUGCGCGAACCGCAGAUUCCCGACAAGCCAGCUCGGCAUGACAGUCGCGAGAGCAAACAAGAGACGGGGCUGGAACCGGAAACGCCUCGCAUACGGCAGACUCAUGACGGCCAGGUCAACUACGUCGACUCCAGUCACUGGCUGUCGAUAUUGGAAGACAUUCGAGAAGUCCGGGAGCACCUAUCGCCGCCUGGGGAACUGGUUGCGCAAGACACUCCGAGCAGCGCUGCGCCGUCCAGAUGGGAGCUCGAACCCGAGGCCAGGUCCAUGUUGGGCCUGCCCCAAAGUUUAAGUCUUGAUGAGAUCCUCCAAUCUCUCCCGCCACAACCGGAGUGUGAUAGGUUGCUUUCUCAUUACUUCAAUUCCAGGUUCCAAGUCUUGGGCAUUGUCCACCCACACAAGUUUCAAACAGAAUACACGAAAUUCUGGGAGGCGCCGUCCAAGGCCCCAGUUCUCUGGAUUGCCCUGCUGUUUGCUCUCCUCAGUACCGCAACGAAUCUCCUCCGCCUGGCAAGGGCAGGUAAGCCAGAUGAUUCAACGCUUUUACACGCAAGACCGCUGCAGCAGCGGACAGUGGAAUGCCUGGUCCUCGGCGGAUACGCCACGGCCAACGCGUACGCCCUCGAAGCCUUGAUCCUCCACACCCAGAGCCGCUUCCUGAGCGAUAUGCACGACGGGUCCCACGUGCAUCUUUGGUUCGCCAUGGGCACGAUCAUCCGCCUGGCCAUCCGCAUGGGCUACCACCGCGACCCGAGCAAGAUGCCCGGCAUCACGCCCUUCGACGGCGAGAUGCGGCGACGCGUCUGGCUGAACAUCUUCCAGCUCGAUGCCCUGCUCUCCUUCCAGAUGGGCUUCCCCAGCAUGAUACCCACCGAGUGCUGCGACGCGCAGCCGCCGCGCAACCUCGAGUACUCCGACUUCUCCGUCGACACGGACGUCCUGCCGCCCUCCCGGCCCCUGACGCACGACACGCCGGUGCUCUACAUCAUCGCCAAGGCCGACAUCAUGGCCGUGUUCAAGAAGAUCGUCGCGCACACGCAGUCGCUCGCGUCGCCGACCUACGACCGGACGAUCGCGCUCGACCUCGAGGCGCGCGCCGCCUACGCCCAGCUCCCGGCCAUCCUCCAGCGCCGCGACGUCGGCCGCAGCUUCAUGGACCCGGCCAGCCGCAUCCUCGAGCGCUGCACGCUCGAGCUGCUGCACCUCAAGAGCCUCGUCGUGCUGCACCGGCGCUACGUCAGCUACGAGAGCACCGCGACCACGACCACGACGACGAGGCCGUCGGUCGCCGCCACCACCGCCUCGCGCCGCGCCUGCGCCGAGGCCGCGCUCGACAUCCUCGCGCGCCAGGCCGACCUGCACCGCGCCGCGCGCCCCGGCGGCAGGCUGCACGAGGACCGGUGGAUGCUGACGUCGCUGACGGUGCACGACUUCCUGCUCGCCGCGAUGGUGCUGUGUCUGGACCUGUCGGUGCGGCUGUCGGAGGGAGAGGGCGGCGGCGCUGCUGCUGCCGCCGGCGGUGAUGACGGCCACGGCGACGGCCACGGCCACGGCGAUGGCCUCGCGCGCAGGGAGUUCGCUGCCCUGCAGACCUCCCUGCAGGUCUGGACUGAGACCAGCGCGCUCUCGCCCGAGGCGCUCGUCGCGGCGCUCGCGCUCGAGCUGAUGAUUCGCAAGGUGUCGGAGAAGAAUGGCGGGCUUCAGGACCGGGGUGGUGCUGCUGCUGCUGCUGCGGCUGCUCCGGCGGCUGGUGUUGAUAUGCCGGCUCUCGGCAGCGCGGAGCUGCCGUAUGCGGAUCUUGUGUCGGAGGUGAUUGACGGCGCGGAGACGCCGGAUUGGGUAGGUCACUUCGGAUGCUGGCGUUGUGUUGGGAUGCCGUGGCUUUGUUAA